UUGGGAUAAAAACUUUGUCCCCAGGCCCUCUGGGGACCUUUUUUUUUUUUUUUUUUUUUUUGUUGUUGUUGUUGCAGAAAUGCUUAGAAUAAGGAAGAAAUACUUAGGUGCCAAGUCUUGUUUUAAUGAGUUCUGUCGAUUUUACUCCAGAAAACAUGGAAACAGAAGCUCGUGGGAACAUUGCAAGAAUCGUUUUAAACACUUGAUUAAGGAUAUCAUCAUGAUGCUUCGAGUGUGCAAGAUACUCCGUCAGGGCCUCCAUGGAUUCCGGGAGUUCCAGGUCAUGCAGACCAUAUCCAAGGGGAUCCCCAUCUUCACAGCAUGGGAUAAAAGGAAGCAGUGCAAACUGAUGUUCAACUAUGGUGAAUUCACAGCUGAUGAGGGACACUUCCCUGAAAGGGCUAUUGCCAUUACAAAGAAGAAGCCUGAGUGGAGGGAGGAAAGUGAAAUCAUCGACCUCUGCAAUUUUCUGAAAGUGGUGGAAACCUUCUUUAAUUACAGCUAUCAGCUCCAGCUCCGGCUGGCCAGAGUCAUCCGCUAUGAACGGUUCGAUCGGAGACGUGUGAUCAUUAAGAAGGGGCAUAGGGGCCACAGCUUCUACUUCAUCUAUUUGGGAUCAGUUGCUGUGACUGCAGAUGAAGACGGUAGCAGUGCCUUCCUAGAUGCAUACCCAGAUGUGCUUCCCAAAGGCUCAUGUUUUGGAGAGAUGGCCCUGCUGACUGGCACUGAUCGGAUUGCCACAGUGGUCUGUAUGGAGGAGACUGAGUUAUUGGUUGUGGACAAGGAAGAUUUCUUUGGAAAUCACCUAGACGAGUCGUUGCAGAAGGAAUUCCGUUUUCGGUUUGAUUUCUUCAGGCAGCAUGAUCUCUUUACUACAUGGCCUGAUAAGGCCAUCAUACAAAUGGCAACUCAUUGCAAAGUGGAGAAGUUCCCAUUUGGGCAGUUGAUAUCUCGGAAUGGGAUGAAUUCUGGUUUUAUCAUGUUUAUCAAACAGGGCGCCUGCGAUGUGGUCCGGUUGUUGGAUCUUUCGACUUGUCUCUCCUACCACAAGUGGAUAUGGCAGCAGAUGACACCAAUGGACCAUAACCUUCUGGACCUUCGCAACCUUGAACGGUCUCCUCGGAAAAGGUUUAGGGAAUUUCAGCUCAAAUCCUACCCAGUACAGGACUUCAGUAAUCUGAAAACGGCACAUAUGGAGAGGAUUAGAAAGGAAGAAAAAUAUAAGAGUCUCAAAGACAAUCGGACUAACAUCAGGCCCUUGAAUUUACCGGAGAAAUGCUUCCGGCCUGGUUCCUUCUCCAGCCCCUUCUCCUGCCCCAUGGUGAAGACGCUGCAUGGGCCGAUCCCAAAGGAUGCUGUGGUGGGGGUCUAUGUGAAGGUUCACAGCUUAGAAUGUGGCGAUAUUAUGGGCCUGCACCAAUACUUCAUUCCUGACAGUUUACAGGAUAAGCGAAAGAUGAUCUUGAUAAGUCAUGGAGCCACAGUUAUUCGAUUGAAAAAGGACAUCUUUGAGGAAUACAUAGAUGCUGAGACCAAAGAUAAAGUGAAAGAACUUCAGAUCACCUAUCCCAGUGAUGACGUUAUGUGCCAGAAGAUGUUGAGCGAGAACACAUGGAACAUUUUCCGGAAGGACUUAAUGAAACUCUUGACAAAAUUUCCUGACUAUGAACAGUUCACUGCAUAUAAGGCCCCUUCAAAGGGUCUUUAUUCACCUCUGUCUGGAAUGCUGGACCUGAAGAGUUUAGGGAAGGAGCCAUCAGUUUCAUACCCUAUCUUUCAUGCCAAAGAGGAUGAAACUUCUAAAAAGAUCCUUCCCCCCUUGAGAGUGGUAGAGAGCUUGUCUGCUCCCAGAUACCAAAUUAAGGAACUCCUGCCUAAGUUCAGAAGUCCUGGUGUUCUCCAACGCUAA